ACCUAUUACCACUACCUCCUACCAACCAGUUUCCAUGUGUGUGAACGUGUUUACUAUAAUGCGUUAUUGCGGACUUGUGUUUUUAUUCAUGUUAUAAGGAGUAGCCCAUGUCGGUAGUGAUAUUCACUAUUAAAAUCAUGACUAUGUGGAUAUAUAAAUGUGUUUUGACUUAGUAUUACGUUAAAAAAUUGCAUUAUUAAGAUAAAAUCGAAUCUCGGUGAUCGAACUCAGGUACUUAGUCCUCGUCACGUCACAAUUCACCAGAAAUCUGUCAAGAUCACUCACAUUGUCAGUAGGUAAGCAGCCAUGGAGGCUUUAUCUACUGCACAGGAUGACAGUUCUGGUGCCAACCCUAGUAGUGUGAAGAGUGAUGACAGCAGCCCUUGUCCAGAUCGAGCCACAGGGUCCCCGCCUCCUAACUGUGCUAUAUGCCUUGGUACCUGCAAGAACAAAUCAUUCACGGACUCAUGCUUGCACCAGUUUUGUUUCUCAUGUCUUCUAACUUGGAGUAAGGUAAAAGCUGAGUGUCCACUGUGCAAGCAAGCAUUCAGAUCAAUUAUUCACAAUGUGCGUUCCAACCACCAAUAUGAAGAGUACCUGGUGGUCCAGCGGCAGACAGAGGCAGAGAACACCAGCCGCAUUGAUAUCGACAGAGUCACUGCAGCUACACACAGGUUCAGAUACAGGACCACGUUCACUCUGCCGCGGAGGGAGACGAUUGCCAUCCAGCAGCUGCUGCGCCACUACCCGUUCAUGGCGGACGUGUUCCCCACGCCGGCAGCGCGCGCCCCGGUGGCCCGGCGGCGACGCUCGCCCGCCUCCUUCCGCCGCACGGUGUACCGACACAACUUGUGGGCGCGCCCGCUACCUGACUUCACCGGACGCUACAGGGACUGCACACCUGACUUCUAUCGGUACAAUGAGACACAGAUGAUCCGUUUAAUGCCAUGGCUCAACAGAGAACUCCAUUAUUUGCUGAAUGAAAAUAUUGGCCACAUAGCCUACGUAAUGUCACGAAUUCUGGAUUUACUUCCACAACAUCAUAUUAAUUCACCCGAAUUUAGAGAGGCCAUGCAUAGAUAUUUUGGAGACAGAACUGAUCACUUUCUACAUGAGUUGUAUUGCUUCGCCUCUACUCCAUAUGAUAUGACUGGCUACGAUCGGAAUGUACAAUACACAACUGACAGCAGGAUAUCAACCAUGGUCAAUGAAGUCAUAUCGAGCACUGACUCUGAUGCAAGUGUGGACUCGGAUAUUGUAAUGGUUUCAAGUUCUGAGCCUGCCGAACCGCCCGCGGGACCUUCUCGGCUCCCGGCACCUGCAUACCCGCAGAGCUUCAUUGCACAGCCUUCCACUAAUAAUAGUGUCAUUCCAAUCGAAACUAUAUCCCAAUCAGACACCGAUGAUGAUUCAUCCGAGGUUAUGGUCGUCGGCUAUAUUAAGCCUCCUCAGGACAGGACUCCUGAGAUCGUGGACCUGCUAGGUUCUGACAGUGAUGUCAUCGUGCAAGACAAUCCGCAGCCCGAGACCAGUGAGCGGCCGUUGCUCGAGACAGUAGAGGCAAAUAGGGUCGCCGCAAAUACAGUGAAGCUGACACUGAAGCGGCACCUGUCUCAGGCGAGCGAGCUGGCGGACAGCGACUCGGACAGCGACGGCUCGUACCAGCCGCCGCCGCCGCCGCGCCGCCGCCGUGUGCGCUCUCCCGCUGCUCCCACCACCACGGACUCCGCGCGAAGCACGCCGGCGCCCUCGCCCGCGCCCACUUCCUCCUCCUCUUCAGACGCCGCCGAUUUCUCGCCCAGCUCCACUUCUACCUCCACUGAUGAGGAUACUGAUAACUUUAAAGUAAAUCUUAAUAAAAGGAAGUACAAGAAGAAAUCAACCAAAAGCAGUAGUAGCAGGUCUAGUAGAGAUCGGAAGAAAAACAAAAAGCGGUCCUCCUAUCACAAAGAAAAGAAAAGUUCUCAGACUUUGGAGAAAGAUAAACGGAGUAAGCGUAAGUCACACUCAGGAAAAGGCGUAAAGUCAUCGAAUAAAGUAAGAAGUAAUGAGCGGAGUUCCGCACCUACGGAAAACGUUCAGCCAGCUUUAGAUCAACCUAGCACUAGCGGCAUCAGCGGUUCAUCGUCUAAAGACGAACGCAAAGCUAGCAAGGAGCGAAAACGGAGGCGACGCGAUAGUCGCGAAAAUAAAAGACUGAAAAGUGUUGUUAAUGUUAUGUAUAAUAAUAAAAAUAAUGAAGAAUCAAAUUCCAGUGCGAAUUUUAGUAAUUCGUCAGGUACAGCCGCUACUAAUAACAGGUCUGACGUCGAAUCUGUUCCAGGAACUCCUGAAUCUCGACCUCGAGCAACUCAAACAGACCUCUCUUACAGUCCUGUAUUCCCAGCUGGAGCUGGUAUUCGUGGUAAAACAGAAUCCUCGUCAGAUUCCGAAGACAACUUACCAUUGAAUCUUACGUUACAGAAACUAAGUCCGUUUUCUUCCUCGUAAAGGGUCGUAUGUAAAUUAUUAUUGUGAUAAAUUAUUUUAAACUAAACCAUUACAGUAGCGUUAUACUUAAAAUAGUUAAGUCACAUUUAAUGUUAAAUAUUCUAUAACAGCGACAUAUGCGUCACUGGAGAAGAAUAACCAAAGCUAAGCUCUGUGACUGCUAAUGAGUGUAACUAUAUUAACUAUGAACACUAGAAUUCUUCAAAAAUAUUUAACUUGUAUGUAGAAGGUAUCUGAGGAUACGUGUUAGAUAAAUCAUAACUGCUUAUAUUCCCUGUCACAUGUUAUCGAAUAAUUUGGCGUAGAAUUUUUAAGAGAAAUUUAUAUGUAUACGGUAUCUUGCGAAUUUUUGGAGACACCUGAUCCCCUCUAUGUUUUUGUAUCUUAUGAUAAAAAAGCGUACAUACAAGUAAUAGUGUCCAAUAUUGUAAUUUGUUGAAACGAAACAUUGAAAUUGCAAUUUUAUUUAAUAGCGCCUACGAUAAGCACUUAUGCUUCUUAUGUAUUAUUUUAAAUUAUGAUUCCUUUUGUGGAUAUUUUUGUAAACAGUUGAUUGAAACGACUAUCCUCUAAGUGCAAACAACCACGAGGGCCGAUUUCAAUAUAGCUAUCGAUGUUUUAAGCAACUUGAGGCAAAGAUGUAUUUUGGACGAAGGUCAGAAUUAGCAUCUAGUAAUCAACAGAUACAUAUUGAAACCGAAAAACUAUAGACCAAAUGAAACAGCGAGUGGUGAGUUUUGCUUGUGACUGAAUUUACUUCAAUGUAAAAUUUAAAAUAUUAAUAAAAUAUUCUUGUUUUAAACCCGCGUAUAAAUAAGUCUAAUUCGACUUAAUUUACAAUUUCACUAAGUACUUCUUGUUUUCUUUAAAAUACGGGUAUUUAAGUAGAUUAUGAAUUCUUUUUAAUUUAAGAACCUCUUUUUUGACGCCGAAUUGAAUCACUUAAAAUAUUGAGUAAUACACUGAAUCCCAGAGGCAUGUGAUGGGACAUGGUAAGAAAAAUGUGAGUAGUCAGCUUGCACACAGUAAAAAUGCGAUUGUUCUGUGGGAGCCCAUUCGUCAAGUCUCUUGUUUUGAUUCAUGUAUACUUGAAGCAAUAUUUUUCAUUUUUUAUGUUAAUAAGUAGUUAUGAUCAAUUUAUAAGUUGUGAUAUCUAUUGCCGUGUAAAUAGAACUGUUUUGAAUACAAUUUAAAUGAGCCGUUUAUUUUUUAUCGUGCAAAAUAUCUUAAUGAUGUAUGUUGUAAAGGAUAUCAGUGGGUAUGCAUUAAUUAUAGCUUUGCUUUAGGAUCCUAUGACAUUUUCUGUAAAAAUCUAUUUAUUGUUUAGAUUCCUUAACGAAUUAGACGGAACACCUGAUGUUGGAUGGAAUAGGAGGUUGCCGUGUAAUGGCAGUAUAGUGUCAUCUAAUAAGGUUUAUACAGCGGUAUUGUACCAUACUGGUGAAGCCAGAAAAAUAAAGUGAUGUCUAAAUGGA